UGACAGUCGAGUCGCGCAAUUUUGGCAGCGAGCAUCAUCGACUGAAGCGCUGACAGGCUUGCCCGUCAUGGACUCUCUAGCGCCAGAAUGUACCCGGGCGAAGCAAGAGUAUGACGCCUGCUUCCACACCUGGUUGGAUGGCUAUCUCAAUCUCGUCGUCUUGCGGCCUGGCAGCUCAUCUCAAGCCGCGACGCCAGACUCGUCCCAGGCUCCCUCAUCAGGCACCGCACAGUCAGCCGGCAGCUCAUUCUCGCUGUGGGGAUCGAACAAAGGCAAGGAGAGAGCCUCAGCCACUCAGCCUACUGCAGGCGACAGGUCUCUGUCCAGCAUGACCGAGGAUGAACGGCAGAAAGCUAUAAAGAGUAAGAUCGCAGAGUACGACGCCAAAUGUGGCAGCCUAUGGACAGAUUAUCGUUCAUGUUUGCAGAAUGGCAUCAAGGCGAAAGGGCUAGAUGAUCUCAUCGCUGCCGCACGCGCAGAAGAUCCGUUGCUUCGGCCCAGCGAUGAAGCCUUUCCGACCGACGAGCGAUGACGCACGAAGGACAGGACGUGUACGAUCAGCUGCCCGCAGAAAAAGACUGUAGCAUCAAGCAUGUACAAUCAUUGCAGCCCCUGUCAGAUCACUAAGCGACGACGCGCCGGAAGGAAUAGCGUCUGAAAAGCCUCGUCGACGUCUCGUAAACCACGAAGAUGCAGAAACAGGUCUCGAGCGGGCAUGCUCAUUUCAGGCGCAAAAAGGAUACGCAAAAAUCUACUUUACCGC